CUCUGUAGUCCUGACGCCACCUGGCGGAAGCGGGCGCUGCGGCCUGACUCGUUGCUAUGGCAACCACGGUGGGCUUCGCGGGCGAGGCCUAGGCCGAAGUUAUGGGAGAGCCGGCGCUGACUUCGGCCCCGGGCACGGGCCGCGCCUACAACCUGCGGCCGGCCUUCCACCACAAAUUCCGCUCUUCUGUUGUGAAGGAGUGCAUUCAUGAGGUGUUAAAGGAGGAGCUGGCCGGCGUGCAGUACAGCACCGAGGAGAUCCCGUCCAUCACCAAACAACUGUCAGAGAAAAUCCGAGACACCUUGAAAGAAAAAGGAUUUCACCGGUACAAAAUAGUGGUGCAGGUGGUGAUUGGAGAACAGAGAGGCGAGGGAGUGAACAUGGCUGCCCGGUGCUUCUGGGAUGCAGACACAGACAACUAUGCUCAAGACGUUUUCAUGAACGAGAGCCUCUUUUGUGUAGCAGCUGCCUUUGGCUGCUUCUACUACUGAGGCCAAGAGAAGAACUCCAAAAAGGAGGCACCGCUGAGAGGCCCACGAAGCCCGCUGCCCGCCGUGCCUCUGCUGCAGACCAGUUGACACUCCGUGCAAAACGCACUUGUUUGUUCACGGGAUCUCGUAAAAUAUUCCAGACUGAAUUCUGGAAGUGCUUUUACUGGGUGUGCUCCGUCAAGUUCUCUCACGCAGGUCCCGUUAAAACCGGUUGCGCUUCUGCAAGAGAACCUCCCAAUGGAUAGAGCCCGGUUGCUGACGUGUCACAGACGAACUGGUCCAAUCCUGAUACAGUCGUCACCUGAAGUGACCCCCUGCAGAUUCGCUGUGUACUUAAAUUGCUAUACAGAGUCUUAGUUGGAUGGACUACCCUGAAGGCUUCAUGAGAAAUGUAACCAUAGGACAUUGGGUAAUUUUCAUAUUUUUAAAUAUAUGUAUAUAUUUUC